AUGUGCAGUGUCGAGUUCCUUCGAGUUCUUAGCGUUCUUGCAGGGAUGGUUUGCUACUGCUGCUCCCUCGUCAUUGUACUUUGGAAUGUCGACCGACUAGACGCAGUGCUUCAAAUCAGUGAAGAGCUGCACGAGUUGAAUGACUUUAAAGUCCAGAUCGACACAUUGAACGCCAAUGAUUUAGCCGAUGAAGAUUCAGACAUUUCAAUGUUGCAGAUUGUGGAGAGAAACCUGGCCAAGCAAAAGCGAAUCGUGGCAGAGUUUUACAACAAUGUUUGGGGCGAUUCCUUGAAGGACCUCCGGCCCUUCCAAGAAUUGGCCGCGGAUUUGGAAGCUGGCUUGCAGGGCGACGUCAAGCAGCCCACGGCGAGCACGACCUUGAGCGAUAUGACUGUUUACAAGCAAAUACCUAGUGAAGCUGCGGUCACACCAACGGAGACACGGCUGAGUUGA